AUCAGAUGAUUGGUUCAGUCAAUGCAUUGAAUGCAUGGUUUGAAUCUCGCGCUCGUUUAUAUGAUUAGUCAUUGAGAAGGAGUCCAUAAAAGACAAUAAGUUUGAGAUCUGUUUGGUUUGAAUUGACUGAAGACUCAAUCAACACAACCUCCACACCACUCAACCACCAAUUGUCUCAUCGGAUCCACUUGUAGUGACAGCAAUGGACACAUCGGUCACGUGUGACCCCACGCAGACUGACGCCAUGGAGCAGUUCUGCAGCAUUACUGGUGCGGACGAGUCGAUGGCCCGAACAGCGUUGGAGUCUUGCAACUGGAACCUCGAGUUAGCCGUCAAUAUGUUUGUGGACCAAAAUGACGGCCAAAUGGACACAAACACCACAAACCACACGAACGCCUCCACCGCUAAUCACACGAAUAGAUUUGAUGCCAAUUCA